GUGGAGCAUUAAAAAAGCCGAGCCCGGAUCCAAGAGCGACAGAAAAACAGCCUGAACGGUCGGACCGGUUCCUGAUGUAGACCCGGACCACAACUCCUCCUGGUAGCGUAAGUGUUUUCAUCCUGUUCAGAAGAGAAGUGGAUGUGAAUUUAAGUGGGCCACCAUGAAAACGAUCACCUCCAGCAUCUCUCAUCAGUAGCCGGGCAGCAUGGCCUCUGCUCCUCCUUCUUCCAAAGAGGACACCAGUGGCUCAUUAACGCUGCACUGGAGGCUCACACCGACAUAGUUACACACCAGGCAGGACACUGACUUCAAAGAGAACCAAAACUCUCAGAGCUGCAGUACGGGCUCGAUUCCACAUCUGUAUGAACUGCAUUCAGGCGAUUUUUGUAAACAGUAAUGAAACGUGCCAGAGGGGGCACAUGUCCAGGACAGUGACCUCACCGCCGUGUAACAACAUCAGCGACGUCUGUGCUGACAUCUGGGACCAUGUCCUGUGUCUGAUCAGGUGCUUUGGUGGCAGAGCUGGACUGUGCAGCUUGUCCACACGUAGACAAACCUGGACUCUGAGCCAUGUCUCUUCUCUCAGUCUUGAGCAUUGUCUGUGGAUUAAUGCUUCAUGUUUCACUGAGCGCACCCAACACUGACUACUGUAUCCCAAGGAAGACAGUCCCAUACCAGAAUGAGCUGAAGUUGUUCAGAGAAGACGGGAUUUUCAACUACUCCACUAUACUACUGCAAGAAGACCUGGGAGUGCUGCUGCUGGGCGCUAGAGAGGCCAUCUACAGUCUGGACAUCAACAACAUUUCAGUCAAAAAGGCUGUGGUGUAUUGGCGAGUUACCGAGGAGAAGCAGAGGGAGUGCACGUACAAAGGAAAACAAGCUGAGGUGGAAUGCCGUAACUACAUUCGAACCCUGCACAGAGUGAAUGAUACUACAAUGUAUGUGUGUGGCACAAAUGCUUUUAGUCCCGCCUGUUAUUAUAUGACGUUUGCUAAUGGACGGCUGACGCUGCAGGGAAAGCCAGAGGAGGGAAAGGGGAAGUGUCCUUUUGAUCCCUUUCAGAGAUACUCCUCCCUCAUGGUUGGAUAUGACCUGUAUUCUGCUACAUCCAUCAACUUCUUGGGCUCCGAGCCUGUAGUUCUUCGCAGUUCAAACUUGGCUCUCCGCACUGAGUUUAAGAGCUCCUGGCUCAAUGAACCAAACUUUGUCUACAUGGACUUUGUGGAGGAGAGUUUUGAUAGUCCGGAUGGUGAUGAUGAUAAAAUUUACUUGUUCUUCAGUGAGAACGCCAUGGAGUACGACUUCUACAGCAAAGUAGCAGUGUCGCGGGUGGCUCGCGUCUGCAAGGGGGAUAUGGGAGGCCAGAGGACGCUGCAAAGGAAAUGGACAUCGUUCCUAAAAGCUCGUCUGGAUUGUCCCCUCCCUGAGCCCAGUCUGCCGCCCCUUGUCCAGGACGUCUUCCUGCUGAAACACAAAAACUGGAGGGAAAGCAUCUUCUACACUGUUUUCACUCCUCAGUCGAGUCUGUCCCAGGUAUCUGCAGUGUGUGCGUACAAAGUGUCUGCCAUAAGAGAUAUUUUUAAUGAGGGAAAGUUCAAGACGCCUGUUGCUGUGGAGACGUCCCAUGUGAAGUGGGUGAUGUUUACUGGAGAAGUGCCCGUUCCCAGGCCAGGAGCGUGCAUCAAUAACGUGGCGCGUAAAAUGGGGCUGAAUCGCUCUCUGGACCUUCCAGACAAAACGCUUCAGUUCAUCAGAGACCGGCCCCUCAUGGAUGAGGCUGUCCGGCCUCUGACAGGGAAGCCCCUCCUGGUCAAGAAAGGACCCUUAUGGACUCGGAUCGUAGUGGACCGCGUGGUGGCACUAGAUGGACAAACACAUGACGUCAUGUUCAUUGGCACUGAAAAUGGUUAUAUUCAUAAAGCCGUCAACUACGAUGAUGAGAUGUUCAUUAUCGAGGAAAUUCAACUGUAUGAAAACCCUGAGGCCAUCAGCAUCCUGCGCCUCUCAUCCAGCAAGGGCCAGCUGUAUGCAGGUUCACAGUUUGGUGCGAUCCAGAUGCCGGUCAGUAACUGCACCCGCUACGACACAUGUGUGGACUGCAUCCUGGCCAGGGAUCCUUACUGCGUCUGGGACUUUUCCACUCAGCAGUGCUUGUCAGUCCGCAGCGUAUCCACCUCAAAAAAGGCUGCAUUACAGAGUCUAAAGGAGGGAAACGUCUCCCAGUGUCCUCAGCCAGAUCUGGUAGCAGCUGUGGACGUUACACUAAUGCCAGGAAACAACAUCCAGCUGUCCUGUGAGCUCCACUCCAAUUUAGCACAAGUCUUGUGGCGAUUCGCCGAGCAAACAAUUCACUCCAACAACAAAUACUACGUCUACAGCGGAGGGCUCUUGAUCCUGAGUGCCUCUGAAUCAGAUGCAGGCCUGUACACCUGUGACUCAGUAGAACACAUCAGUGGCAGAACAUACAACAGGACCAUGGCCGUCUAUCAUUUACAGCUGUACUCUGGUCCAGAAGCGGGGGAUGCCACUACCCCCGGCAACGACGUGACAAAUUCAACAAAUUCAAGCACAGCUGCACCAGAGGACGACUACAUUGACCCUCUGUCCCCUGAAAACCAGCGUGACACGAGCAGGGUGACUCGUUUAGAGGUAGCCGUGGCUCUGCUGUCUUUGCUCUGCCUCUCCCUGAUGGGGGUCAUAUUUUGGAUCUGGAGUCGGGGACAUUUGGAGUGUUUAAAGCUGGGAUCGAAGCGGGGUUCUGGUCAAAGCGAGGGGAAGAGGCAGUCAGCUGAAUACAUGCACAUCCAGAACAGAACUUCAGAGAUAAAGCUCCUGGGGCCUGAGUCUGGGAGACCUUGCACUUCCAAUAAUAAUCACACCGCUGUUGACUUCAAAGAGAACGGAGAGCACCGCUUCACACCUAUGGCCAACAUUUCAAGUCUGGACGGUCUGGGAUACAUAAAUGAUGAGUCAGAGAUUUGACUCCACUGAGGAAUAUAAUUCAAUCCAAGGCCGGCACUAAUUAUCCUCAUCCAGGUGUACGACUGCUGUUCACAUCACACAUCCUUUUGAUUGGUGUCUUCUUUCUCCUUGCCAACAUCAAGCAUUUCCUCACUUGAACUGGGCAGCUCACAUUCACUUACCAGACUUUUUACACUACAUUUGGUUGUACUUUUUUUUCUUUUAAUUUGUUAUUUUUUUGUACACAGAUUAAUUGUGAAUACAUUUCAUGUAAUAUAUUCUGUACAGCCAAAACCUUAUUUUCCAACUAUUUAUUUUUUUGCAAUGAAGUUUUGUUUUUUGUUUUUUGUUUGUUUCAGCAGUUAUAAUACUUGUGAUCCAAAUCUUAAAAAAUGUACAUACAACACACACUAAGUGAACAAGUAGCAAACACUUGACUUGGCCUCUGAAUUUCAGGUGCGUUUUAUGGAUACUACUGUUAUUGGCAUUCAUACGUCAGAGCGUGUUGUUCAGCUUUGUUAAUGAUUGAUCAGUAGCUUAUACUGUUUUUUCUGGUUGCGCAAAUAGACACAUACCUCUACAUUAAAGCCUCUCAUAUUAAGAGUGUGGUUAGUGUAAAUGGGUGGGUACACACCUAGCUCUAUUUCUAAUUCUUAGUCUGUAAUGUCAUGUUGCAAAAAAAAAAAAAAAAACACAAAAAUUUGUUGGGAUGUAAAAGUGUGGGUGUACAUUUCUGUCAGUGACUUAACUCACACAUCAGAGAAAAAAAAAAACAUUUGAUUUAUGGUUUCAAACUUUCAAGAACUGCAGCACUUACUUAUAAUAACACAAAACUUUAUUGGGAGUUUGACAUGUUUCUCGUUGUCAGUAAUGAUUACCCCUCUGUCUCACACACACCACUGGGAGAUUUAUUGGAAAGCAAUGCAGGAAGCUUAACUGACGGGCUUGUUACCUUGAUGUUUUCUGCAGAUUCAACACACACAGACUCUACAGUUACCUCAGACCUGUUUGUUUUUGUUGAAAAAAAAAAAUAAAAAAAUCUAAGGACAAACUAAAUUAUAGGAAUGUAGCCUGAAUCUGCACUGUGUUUUUCACCCUGUCAUUAACAACUGCACUCAGAGCUGCCUUAUGUUUCAUCUCUAAACAAGUAGAUAUGAAAGGGUUGAAGUGGGUCUGCUAAAUUAUUCAACAGUGCAGUAUAAGAAAGUUAUCAUAACAGAGUCGGCUUAUAUAUUGUAUUUGUUUGAACACCUAAUGAAUGAAUCAAGCGUUGUAAAAAAAAAAAUGUAUUAAUUGUCAAUCCUGAUGUGCCUGUACAUUAAUAUACAACCUUCGCUUUCAUGUUUAGCAUCAGAGCUCAAUACAAGACAUUUACAAACUAUUGUUCUCUCAUGGUUUAUUUUCAGAAGCAGCAGGGGUAAUGCUAAGUUAAAAAAAGAUUUUUUUCACCCUCUAUUAAUCAGUUCAACUCUUCCUCCAAAAGUUUACUGAGGUUUCUGUCUUACUUUUAGUUUCAUCCGGGUUGUAAAUAUAUGAUGCUCCCAGGAUUUUUUUUAAUCCUAUAUUCAGUUUCUUUUAAGAUUUCUGUGUGAAUCAAUGCCACAGCAACAUCUGAACGCUGAUGUUCAGACUGCAUGCUGAGGGUAAGAGAGUUUUUUUUUAUAUAGAAAAAGUGCCAAACCCAACAUGCUGUUUGUUAAAGCUUGUAUUUUGGAGUUUAUUCAGUGAAUCACACCUACAAAUGAUCAAACUCCAAGUAACUCACAGAACAUAAAGCAGAGCCGAGUGAAACUGCAGUGAAAUAUUUCCAUGAGUUUUCAUGGAUUCGACCAUUCACAACAUUGAGGUACAUGAACAGAGGUGCAGGUUAGUUAUUAGCAACUUGUUUCAUUCUUUAAUUAUUCAUAAUUUUUAUAUUCACUUCUUAUUCCACAAAUUAUGCAAAAAUGCAGUUUUGGUCAAAUAAGUCAUCCCUGCACCUCAGUUCUUCAUAAACCUAAAGAAAAGUAAAAGGCUGACUCCAUUCUCUUCAUUUCUCAGGCUUGCUCUUGUUUUGUGAAUUUCAUGAGUCACAAUUCAGGGAUUUGAACUCAUUCUUGUCUUUUUGUUGUUAGAACAUGGAAAAACCCACUGCAGAAUUAAUUUUAUUACUCCAAGAGUAAUGUCAUCUUUUUACCAAAAUGUUUAAACUCAGUCUUCCUGAAUUUAUGUGGUCUGAAUUUCACAAUGUUUUAUUAAAAUACUGUUGCCCACUUCCUUUUCACUUCUGCACAUAUCUCAUAGGUGAAGUAUUUUGAUCUCAAGUGUCUGUUUAUGCUAAAAUAUAAAGAGUGGGCGUACCAAAAAUUGAAUCCUCCUACUUUUCUGGACUGGAAAAUUAAAAUUCUGUCAUGAC